AUGUCAGCUGAUCCAGGGAAAGUGAGUUUUGGUCUUAUGAAGAAAGAUCUCGAAGCUGGCAAUUGCUUAAUAAAUUGCUGGACGAACACCCUGAAGCAGCCCUAUGGCGAGAUGACGGAGACUAUAAACAACCUGUGUUGCACUAUCUCGCUACAUAAAUUCGUAAAACCAGUGGACCGUUUAAUUGAAUUGGGUGCCAACAUAAAUGCACAAGAUAAUAGACAGCGAACUCCAUUGUAUCAAAGCUUAAAGUCAUACCUCGCUAAUGAGGUAUUCAAAUCUUUACUAAAAAACAACGCUGAUCUCAAUAUUACUACUUAUAGAGAGAAAACUAUACUUCAACAAGCUCUCACACAUUCGUCUCCAGAAGCUGUUCACCUCAUUCUAACAAAAUUGUACGACGAAUACCCAAAGAAUGUAUACCCAAGUGGAGCUAGCGAAACAGAGGAAGACAAAAGAAGAAAAACAAGUGAAAUUGCAAAGUUCCUUUUAAACCAGGAAAUUGAUCUUUAUUACCCUGACUUUGAAUAUUCACUUCUGCUACACUUCGUUCUUGGAAAUGGGGACGCAGAAACUUUCAAAUUGGUUCUAAACGAAGGAGAAUUCGUUUCUAUUGAUGCUCUUGCUCCUCAGAAGACUUCAUUACUUCAGUGGGCUCUUUAUAUCGACGAGUCGUUUGUAAACUGUAUCAUUGACUUUGGGGCAGACGUCAAUCUUCAAGGAGAUGCUGGAACUGCUCUUCAUAUUGCUACUGAUUUUUUCAAACCAAUAGACAAGGUGAUGAUUCGUUAUCUAUUGGACCAGGGCGCUGAUGUGAAUAGCAGAACUGCCUUUGAUAGGUAUACUCCUCUUCACAAUGCACUUGUUGCGGGUAAUGAGGAAAUAGUCGAGAUGCUUUUGAAUGCAGGGGCUGAUAUAGGAGCUAAAUUCUUCUCUGAUAGUUAUGGAAGGCGGCAGUUAUUAUCAUCGCUUAAUAUAGUGUGGGGAUCUACUAGUUUUAAACAAUCAUCCAUUAAAAAGAAAGCUGAAGCGGUUUAUAGCGAUUGGUCAAUACUUGUUAAGCAGGCUCCUUUCUUCGAUAAAAAGUUGAUAAAACUUCUUCUUGAACGAAGCACUAAUAGAAACAUCGCGGCUCUGUUGAGUUGUAAGGAUGAGAAUAAUUUAACGCCUCUUCAACAACCAUGUAUAGAAGGUCAUUUUGAGGUUGCAAAACUAUUGAUAAAGUAUGGUGCUGAUAUCCACAGUAAGUACUCUAAAGGAAAUACUCUCCUUCAUCAUGCUGUUUUGGGGAUAAAUGAAAAUAAAGAAUUUUUGGAUUUCUUGAUUCGAAAUGGCUUGAAUAUUAAUUCUCAAAAUAUUAAUAUGGAAACAGCACUUACCCAAGUUGCUUUACGUCGUCCCAGUGAAGCAGUACCAAUAAUAGAAUUUUUAAUGGAUAUUGGAGCCUAUCUUAAUUCUCCAGAAGGACAGAAAAUCACUUUUAGUGGUUGGACACCACUUCACAUAGCAGUCAUUCAUCAAGCUCCGGAACUUUUUGAGUGUUUAUUGGAACAAAAGGCUGAUUUCAGAGCUCUAGAUCGAGAUGGAAAAUCGCCUUUUGAUAUACAAGGAAAGAUGCAUGGACUGUCAAAGAGCGCUGAAGUCUUAAUAGCAUUUAUGGCGACGACUGAUUAUGUUUUUCCAGAUCUUGAACAUGAUGUAUCUUUAUGGGCAAUUGAUGCAGAUUCUGGAAACUGGAGUUUACAAAAACAAAUUUCCUGUUUACGAGUUUUUAUUGGAGAAGCGAAUCGAGAGGGUUAA